AUGGCGUCGCUGCGCAGUAGGCCGAAGCGUAGUCGCGUUGAUGAGAUACUCAACUCCACAGACGGCCCCCUAGACUCCCAAGAACAGCAAGAGGUGGUGCAGUCCUUGCUCGACGAGUGCGCUGACACCGCCGCGCUCUGGCGCUACGUCCUGGCCUGCUUCUCCGGCCCCCUCGCGGUCCUCCUAUUCUACCUCGCAGCGCGGCAGGUCGCGGCACCGUGGUCGACGAAAACAGCAGCGGCGUUCCUUGGUCGUCGAUUCCCAGCUCCCGUGAUCGCACUGUUCAUUGCGGCGUCAGGGGUCGCGAGUUUGCUUCUUUCGGGCGGGCUCGUCGGAGCGGCGCUCGGCGCGAGACGGCGGCGGCGGUCGCGCGGAGCGGCCGACAAUCGGCGUCCGCCAGACGCCACGCUGCUCGCCCCGCGGCUCCUUCGGAUGCUCCUUGCAGCCAGCUCAGCCGCCGGGGCGCUGUGCUUGCUCGCGCUGGCGCUUUCUGAGGCGUCACCGCGGCACAAGGCUUCCAGCGCGUGGGUUGCGGUGGGACCGCCGGGGCUGGCGUGGGCGGUGUGGUACGCAUCGAAGCAGCAGCAGAUCAUGAUCGACGACGUCCUCAAGCUCCGCGGGGCCAUGUACAGAUUCAAACGGGUAUGA